AUGGCAAAACAAAGAGGCCUAGAAUUGAAAAACAUGUUGACCAGUAAUAGUGUUGUUAUCCUUGCUUUACGUAAUGCUCGUGUUGGCUAUUUCAAUGGAAAGCUUAUAAACAUAACAAUUUCCACAACAUUACAUAUCAACCCAUCUUUUCCAGAGGCAGAACCUCUAACAUUAAGAGGAAAGGACCCUUUGCUUGCUGCAGCCUUUGUUCUAGAAACUAUCCACAUAGAUGGGAAAUAUAGUAGAAUGACUAUUUAUUCAAUCUGUGAGAGGAUGAGUAUCAAACCAGAAACAAUUCAGACUACUUUCUUGUCCACUAAUAGUCAAUGGAAGGCCUUGCAAAAAAAAUGUACACAACAAGCUGACGAUUCUUGGUUCUACCCUAGAUGUGAAAUGACCAUGCAAGACUGCAACUAUAGUUACCUCUUGCCAGUAAAGUUACAAGAUGCCACAAGUACUCUUUGGGCCACUGCAUUUGAUGACGUUGGCAUCCGCUUGCUACAUAAAACUGCAAAAGAGCUUUGUGCAUUGGAAAAUGAUGCAGCAACAACAGAAACACCUUGCUCAGUGAUUAACAAGCUUCUGUCACAUCACUAUUCAUUCACACUCCUAGUAUCCACUAACACAUACAACUCUGAAUCAAAGAUGAAAGUCACAGUCAAUAAAGUCUCUCCUGUUGACUUCAAAGCUGAGUGUGAUGCACUGCUUGCAGAAAUUGGUCGCCUAAGUACACAUGCUUAG